AUCAUAGUUGCUAAAAUAGAAAAAAAUAUCCUCUUUUAUCCUUGGCUUCGAUUCCAUCACACCAAAAACCAAAAUCUGAAUCAAUCGAAUCAAAAUGGCUCUCAAGAUUUAUCAAAUUCCCACUCUCUUCACCAAUUCCCCUGUCACUCUCUUCAUCACCCGCCACAACCUCACCACGCGAAUCUCAUGCAGCGGCAGCGGCGGCAUCAGCGACGCCGCACUCGCAUCAGAGCUAGCCGCAAGGGCCACCAGAAUCAACGCCCGCGCGGUGCUAGCAGAGGACGCUAUGAGGAAGAGCAGAAAGAUCCUAUUCCGAGAGCUCUGCGAAUAUCUGGGCCUCAAGGAAGACGAGGCCAGAGAGAAUUGGAGCAAGAUGGGUGAAGACGAGAAAUUGGUGCUGGUCAAAGGGUUCGUUGCAGAGUGGGGUUCCUGUUUUCAUCCAUUGUCAGCUAGGUCUACCAAACAAAUGGUGGAGGAAUAUCUGAACGCACCGCCACCAAAUUCACCUCAUUCUGAUACUUCUUCUUCUGCCUUGUUUCCAGGAUUCAAGAGGAUAAUUGGUUUUCCUUAGAAAGUUGCAAACUACUUGGGUUGGGUUGGGUUGGGUUUGACUUCAAAUUUCAUAUUGGUUAUUUGUGAUUUGUUUUUCUUUUGCAAAAUUAGCUGAUAAAGAAAACUGAGGUUACUUUAUAAAUUUGCCUGAAGUUGAAUGUAUAUUGUACAUGUUUUCUGCA